AUGGCAGAGCCAAGACGCUGCAGCCUUUCUCACAAAGUACUGUCUACAUUCAAAAAAACACCAUCGAUACCUAACUACCGGAAUAUUUAUCAUGACUUGGAAUUAAACUACGACGUUUAUUGUCGGGGAGGCACCAGGGAGGGGAAAAGAAAAGGCUUGACACCGUUUCAAAUAGAAACGACUUGGAGAUCUCCCGCCACCCCGCUGGGACUCAUUGAUCAGCUCUCAAAAAGUCUCCUGAACCAAGGCGUGAUUGUCUCAAAGCUAUUGUUUUCAACUGAUUUCCUUAGUAUUUUGAGCAAUGCUAAAGCGUUCUUAAAGAGUCGCCAUUGCCGGACGACAUAUAUCCCAUCCCCUGUUUCGGUAAGCCGUCGGCCUAUUCCGAGCAGGCUGCCAGGGCUGUUUUGUCCUGCUAUCACAUAUCCACCAGUCCGCCAGCGCUCCGCAAGGAAUUGUUUCGAAAUACAUCACGCCGAUGGAUGUGAGUAUUGGUUCUCUGUGGUUCCAGUUACUAAAUGUCAGCUAGAUUUCAACGAGGCCGAUCGUUUGAACGAACGAGGGAGGCUUCAACAAGGUGUUUCUUCCGCGAGCAAAAAGAAUGGCCGUGAUACGAUUGUGCCAAUUCGCACUCCUAUUGCCAGACCUCCUCAUUACACAACUGUCAGUGAGGUAGCGACAAUGGACUUUUUGAGAACUGUCCUCAAACUGCCGGUACCGACUGCCUUGGCGUAUUCAACAUCGUCUGUCAAUCCCAUUGGAGUAGAGUGUAUUCUGAUGGAGCGAGUGGAGGGCGAGAACCCUUCCUCACGGCGGCUAUCUCUCACAACCAAGGAUUUCCGUUUCGGUCCUCAAACCUCGUUACUUUCGCACUUCCCACAUUUUGCGCCUCAUUUAAUCCCACCUGAUUCUCGCAACGUUCCGACGUUAAGACACCCCGAUUUGAGCCCCAGCAACAUUUUAUUAGCACCCGGGUCAACCAAAAUCAUCAGUGUCCUUGAUUGGCAAGAUGCCGCAAUAUUCCCCCGCGUUCUGCAAGUAGGUUAUCCCCCGGUUUGUGAGCAUGGCUCAUCACAGCGUCGAAGUCUGCAAAUUCCGUCUCUCUCCGACGAUUUCGACGAGAUGGGGACCGACCAACAGAGGCAAUGCAAAGCCGCUUUUCUAUACAGCCGCGACAGGCACCGAGAGGCUGUCAUGGUGGAAUCGCGGGAAUGGAACGAGUCUGAAGAGCUACUGUCACGAAUUAGAGAACACCUCCAUAUCGAUCCGGAAGGCGGGACAGAGCCGGAUAACUUUGAGAGAGCAAUGGAGGGCAAUCGCCAGUUUCAUCUGGAAAUGGUUCGGCAAACAGGGGCGGGCCAACGAGAGCGCUGUUGGCGUAAUCGGCCGUACAAGGUUGAAUGGGAUAAUCGCAUGCCUCCCUCAGGAGAAAGCUAG